GGGAAGAGAGAGAGAGCGAGCGAGCGGGCAGAUGGGUUUGGAAGGAAGCAGUGCAGACGUAAUUGUGGGUGAUAGAAGCAUACAAUCAGAGGACGACUUAAGAAAAAGCGAAUUUGUUGAUUUGGAGCACUUGCAAUAUGAGAUCUGAAGACUAAAAUCGCCAAAAUAUAUAUUUCCCAAUACUGUCACAGCACCGGUUAUUGCCAAAUCAUUCAGAAGAAUCAUCAUGCCUGAACAAAGCAAUGACUACCGAGUGGUGGUGUUUGGAGCUGGAGGAGUGGGCAAGAGCUCCUUGGUUCUGAGGUUCGUGAAAGGGACCUUUAGGGAAAGCUACAUCCCCACGGUUGAGGAUACCUACAGGCAGGUGAUCAGCUGUGAUAAGAGCAUCUGCACCUUGCAGAUCACAGACACCACUGGAAGCCACCAGUUCCCAGCCAUGCAGCGCCUGUCCAUCUCCAAGGGUCAUGCAUUCAUUCUGGUCUUCUCCAUCACCAGCAGGCAGUCCCUGGAAGAGCUAAAGCCAAUAUUUGAACAAGUCUGCCAAAUCAAAGGGGACGUGGAGAGCAUCCCUAUCAUGCUGGUUGGGAACAAGUGUGAUGAGACUCAGAACCGUGAGGUGGAGACCAGUGAUGGAGAGGCCAUGGCCAAGAAAUGGAAAUGUGCCUUCAUGGAGACUUCGGCCAAGACCAAUCACAAUGUCAAGGAGCUGUUCCAAGAGCUGCUGAACCUGGAAAAACGCAGGACUGUCAGCCUCCAGAUUGAUGGGAAGAAGAACAAGCAGCAGAAGAGGACAGAGAAGCUUAAGGGCAAAUGUGUUGUCAUGUGAAGCUUGUAGAUAAACAAACCUCUGUGGGUUUCACAUAACUGAACUUUUACCAUGAUGACCUGACUAUGAUGACCACCACAAACAAUAACAAAAGUACUUCUAAAUCAAGCUAAAAGCAGAUGGGAGCUGUGUUGCUCAACCAAUGUAUAACCUUAUUUAAUUUAAUGCAGGACAAAAAUAAGCACCACUUCCUUUGCCCCUGCACAGAAAGGCUUUGAAUUAAUCAAUACUGCAAAGUGCAAAAGAGGGGAAAAAAAACUCAAGUUUGCCCUAAUGCAAAACAUCAGAUUUUCAGAUUUUAGCAGUUACAUUUAGAAAACCUUCUACAUCGUUUUCAAUAGUACUGUGGUAGGUUAUAAUAGCAAUACUUGUGAAGGGCUGGUGUACUAAGCAUCUGUUCAGAAAGGUGUAAAGAACUGGUCAUAUAGGAGGUGAUUUUAGAACUUCGUUUUCAAAUUGUUUUUGGAUUGUUUUUAUUCUCCCCCAAAUAUAUUUUGUACAACUGCAUAACAUUAAAUAGUAUUAAUAUGUUUGUGGAAAUACUAGAAUAUUGUGAGCAACCACCCUACUGAUGCUUAUCAGAUACAAAAAUGCCCAAAAUGCAGAGGCACUGAUACUUUAUACAAUGCCAUAUGUGAAAGUUGCUGUAAUUUUGGAUUUUUUGCCAACCAACAAUGGACCUUUUUACAUUAAGUAAAUGAAGCUACAGAUAAUACAAGCACAUGUAUUUGUUUAUUUACACGUACAGUACAGAUUAAUAUUUGCAACAAAUUGCAUCUAAUGCAGUGGUAUGAAAGCCCAAUAGUUACUUUUGCUAAUGAUAGACGGGGACUAAGUGACAGGGACAAGGAACUAAAACAGAGUUGCAGUUUCUUUGAAUAGGGAACCACAGCCAUAAGUAGGCAAUAACAACAAGGAAGCUUUGGUAGAAAUUAAACUAACAAAGUGCUGUCACAGGCUUAUUUUCGAUUCAAACUUUGGUAAAUGAAACGAUGGUAGUAACCAAAAGCAGAGCAGUCUGAGACUGCUGUAAGUGAGAAGUAUUUGCUGAUGUUUAGUCCAUCAAUAUGCUUUUUCCUGAUGACAUGUUUAAAGGGAUGGAGUUCUUGAUUUAACAGCAAUAGUACAUAGAUUAGCUCCGUGAUUUUAUACAAGCACUUCCUGAAUAGUCUACUGUCCGAGUUGCCGGGAGUGUCUGUAUAGUUCUUUUGUUUGUGUUGUUGUCUAGUCAGCUGCCAAAUGUCAAUAUAGUUUUGUGAAUUCUGACUACCAGUAAGGGUAUCAGGUAUAUGCUUUUACAUAAACAACAGCAUUAAAGUUGGUGAAGCUGCAUAGCAUUUCUUUCCAUGUAUUUAAGGCAUUUCUUAAUAGCUCUGUAAAGCAAGAGUAGAGCAAUAGAACAAUGAAUUAUUUAUGCUGAAGAAAUGAAAAGGGACUUGCCAUUUUCAUAGAUUGAGGGGAAUAGCACACCAGUGUAUAUAUUUUUUAUUGUAAGCAAGACCCUGUUUAUUCAACAGCUGCAUAAUUCUACUGCUAAUUUGUAUGGUUGCAUUGGGUAUCUUUGUAAUGUCACUUUAAAACAAAAAAUAAAUGCCAGAUACUUACCUGUUUAUAAAUACUAAUAUAAUGUAUGUGAAACGGUUAACGCUUUUUAAAUUAUAUAGCACAACCCAAUUUUAUUUAUGUAUAGGGUUCAUUUAGGAAAUUUUAUUCUGUAGGAGAAAAAAUUGUGAUAAACUUAAAUACACUGGGAAAGUGCUCCAAAAGCAUGAUUUCUACAGGUAUUUUAUUUUUUUUUUUUAUUAUUAUUAAUAUUAUUAUUAUUAUUUAUAAAGGAUAUGCAUUGGUUUUAAAAGCUGAAAUGUUAUUUAUCAGAGUUAUAAGGUUUUAUUUACAUGCCUGUACAUAAUUCAUGUGUGCCUACACGUUUCUGUAUAUUUUCCAGUUUUAUCUUGUAUGUAUUAUGCCGUUGAAAUAAAUUAAGUUAUGCAUUUUAA